CUACACCGCUGACGUGUGAUUUUUUGACGCUAAGCUGUAAAGUUUUCGUAGCCGGGCAUUCAAUAUUUACUCAUCAAAUUUUAGAGACAAAUUUUCAUACAAAAUAUGGGUUUAAUGGAAAUCUUGGGCCUUGGAGAUCUUUUUGGAGAUGUGCAACGCAUGGACAAAAGACAGUCAUUUUAUCAAGUUUUGAGUUUUGGUAUGAUUGUUUCGUCAGCACUAAUGAUAUGGAAGGGUUUGAUGGUUGUUACGGGCAGCGAGUCUCCAAUCGUAGUUGUAUUAAGUGGCAGUAUGGAACCAGCUUUCCACCGUGGUGAUUUACUUUUUCUAACAAAUUUUCCUGAAGAACCAGUUAGAGUUGGCGAGAUUGUCGUGUUUAAGGUUGAAGGAAGAGAUAUACCAAUUGUUCAUCGCGUAAUUAAGUUACACGAAAAAGAAAAUGGAACGGUCAAAUUUUUAACCAAAGGCGAUAAUAAUUCGGUCGAUGAUCGAGGUCUAUAUGCUCCUGGACAAUUGUGGCUUACAAAGAAAGAUAUUGUGGGCAGAGCAAGAGGAUUUUUGCCAUAUGUCGGAAUGAUAACUAUUUAUAUGAAUGAAUAUCCGAACUUUAAAUAUGCUAUUCUUGGUAUUCUUGCUAUCUAUGUUCUAUUACAUCGAGAAUAGGGUUAAUAAACAAAGCGUGCAUUGUUGUAUUCACUUCAGUUCACAUUUGUUACCCAAUAAAUAAAGACUUUUUAAAAAACAUAAGAAUGUUAAAUCCAUUGUAAUUAUUUAAAAAUAAUAACUUAUUUUCAAUUGUA